GACCAACAAUCGGCUUCCAGAUCAAGAAGUAGCUGCAAGCAUUCAGGAACUCAUUUGCAAAGGGCAGAGAUUGUUGAGGACACACUAGAGGUAAUGACUGCGUGUCGAUCUCCGAUGGCAUCUCCAGCGACAAUGACGUGCUUCAUGUUUUUGGCAGCAAUUUGUUUACCCUCGGUACAUGGAGCUCGUCAACUUAUUACUCUUCCUGCUCUUUCACCGCUCCCGUCUCUUCCUCCACUCCCAACUCUUCCUCCUCUGCCAACUCUGAAAACACAGCUUCCGACGCUUCCCCCUCUACCAACAAUUGCUACUCAUCUUCCGACGCUUCCUCCUCUGCCAACUCUGAAAUCGUAUCUUCCGACGCUUCCUCCUUUGCCAGCAGUUGCUACUCAUCUGCCAUCGCUUCCUCCUCUCCCCACUAUUCCUUCUUGGUUCCCGAAGCCUCCUCCUUCGUCUUAGUCUGAAUCCAAUUCUGGCCUAGCACUGCCAGUCCUCUAUCUGCACAUCUUCGUGCAGCUCACAUCCGGGUGUUCUCUGUGUUUUUUAGCUCUUACGGGAAUAAUUCAUACCCUUUAAUCUGUCUCCAUCUUGCUCAGUCUUGUCGAAGGUGGACUGUGCCCCGUGAGUAACAAAGUGCCUGCCGUCUCCAACACCUGAAGCUUCUAUGCAGGGACUCUAGGUUGAAAGGCAUCAUGGUCACUCUCUGAAUUGCACUCAUGUGCUCGUAAAUUUCUACCACUGGAUGUCUACUACAGUUUAUACUGCGGCUUGAAGGCAUCCGGCAUCCAACAUAUUCGAAGCACGCCGCGCAGUCUCACUUCUGCAUAGUGAUCUAGAUAAGCGCUUACUCUGGAUAUCUGCAUCUGAUCAGGAACAUGCUACAAUUAUUUGGCAACAAAGGCUCCAAUUGAUCAUGUGCCUGCAUGAAUGUAAUAAGCAGUUCAAUCUGCUCACAGAGAUAGUACUCAAGCUAGAUGGAGCAUGAAUAAUCAGUGUAACCUGCAGCCUGCCGAUCAGUGAAACCAUGAUAUCUCAACGGCGAAACACGUGAAUAAAAUAGCACCUGAUAGAUAAAUUGUGUAUCCAUCGUGACAUAAUAUCAUUUCUAAAAACAUUAGAACUGGGUGGAUACCACCUUUUGAUCAAGCA